AUGGGCUUGUUGGCGGAUGGAUGCUCUAACGACUCUGCUGAAUGUGCUUUGCAGCGGUUCGAGUUACUGGGUCGGAAUGGAGCUGGCGCUAAUAGUACGGUUUUCAAGUGCAGAGACACUGCGUCCGGAGCAAUUGUUGCUGUUAAGAAGCUCGAGGGCUCUACAGUUCCACAGGUACGGCUACAGUUGCCGUUGACAUACCUGCAGGCGGCGAUUAUGCGAGCAUGCGCUCACGAGAACUGUGUUACACUUCUUGAAGCACAUCAAGGAUUGACUUCCGGAGUCAUCUAUCUGGUCAUGGAACACGCUGAGCACUCUUUGUCACGGGAGCUCCUAUUAAAUCCACGAGGCCUGCCCCUGCCGAAGGCCAAGCUUGUCAUAUUCCAAUUGGCCUCUGCUCUGGAGCUCAUUCACGGCAAGAAGGUGGUCCACGGGGACAUCAAGCCGGCAAACGUGCUGUUAACGGCCCAAUGCAACAGCAAGCUCUGCGACUUUGGAUCCGCAACCAGCGUGGUUCUUAGUGGUGGUGAUGACUCCACUCAGGCGCUUCGCACGGACGAGGUCUCCAGCCGCUGGUACUGCGCGCCAGAGUCUCUUUUGGGCGCCCCAGGCUCGGCGGCAAGCGACAUUUGGGCUCUCGGCUGCAUCCUAGGCGAGCUGGUUACUGGCAAGCCGCUGAUGGCCGGCGGACAGAACGAGCUCGACCAGCUGAGCUGUGUGGUGGCAAUGAUCGGCCAACUAUCUCGCGCCCAGGAGAAGCUGCUGCAGCUGUUGCCCCGGCAGCAGCGUGCAAAGUUGGAGGAGGCACGGGCGCGAGGGCCGCUGCUGGACAGGUAUGCCGGAUGGGUCGGCGCGUGA